AUGUCUUCCUCUGCUGCAAAGACGUAUGACCAGAAACUAAAGACUCCCGGUCAAGGAGCUGGGGAAGCGCCUCAUCCGUUUGCCGUGGCAGUCGAGGCAUCACAGGACGAAUCAUUGAUACCUGAAGGAUAUGGGAUCAAGUACAAUGCGUACCACACCAUAACGGAAGGAGUAUUCCUACCUACAGGAACAAUCCUCCCUGGCGGCGCGGUCUUCACCAUGUCUUCCGUGUUAGACUUCCCAACCUGGCUUCCACCCGGGACCAAGAUUCCUGGCGGCCUUGUAACCCCCGUGUCCAUGCAAGAACCUCCUCCACCACCCGGCCAACCCAAGCCGGAAGAGGUCGAGCCGAUCUGCUUGAUCAUGUAG